UAAAUAAAUGGGUGUGUGAGCGACAGUAGAUUAGCUGUGAUUUUGAAAUAACCAGGAUACCUAUAUCAUCAGAGUGUUUGCAAUCACAGAAAAUACAACAUACCAAACAUGAAAUGGUGGUCUUUUAUAAUCGUCCUCGCCAUAGUAAUUUCCCUGACGAGUGCGAGAGGAGGACGUGGUGGUGGAGCCAGGGGCGGAUAUAGAGGGGGCAGAAGCUCAUACAGAGGUUCCUCCUCUAGAAGUUACCGCUCUGCCUUUAGCGGUAACCGUCUCUCCAGCUCCAGUAGUAUUCGGUCCGCCCUGUUGUUAGGAACCGUGUAUGGAGCUUCCAGGUACCGCAUGAGAGCCAGAUAUCGAUCUGAAGGCACAUUACCAGAGAUAUGUUACAAUGACAGCUAUAACAUGAGUACCAAUGGCUCCGUGUCGUACCAGGGUCGGUUUGUCUGUCCGUUGGAGGAAAGCAUGUCUGAGGACUACCGAUAUUGCUGCGGCGAGGAGGGAAAACAAUAUUGCUGUACUUUCUGGGACAAACCUGGUCACAUAGUCGGGGUAGUAUUCGGAGUUCUUGCAGCAGCCGCUGCGCUCUUCAUUUGUGUAUUUUGUGUCAUAAAAUACAUGAAGUCCAAGAACAGCAGGAGACCAAGUGCCUACAAAUCCAAUGGACAUGAAAAUCCUCCAUCAUAUGCCCCUCCCAGUUACGAGAUGGCGAAUUCAAACCAGAAAUCCCCAUACCCAGUCGAUAACGCAGGAUAUUCCCAUGGGGGAGACUUCAAUGGUUACACACAGCCUACACCGUAUUCCCCAAGCAAUGGGACACAACCUACACCUUACCCCCAAACCAAUGGGACACAACCCACACCUUACCCCCCAACCAGUGGCUACCCUCCCUAUCCUACAGCUGACAAUACGUGGGGCGAAAAGAAAUACUGAUUUCUACUUUUAGAUCUUUUUUUAAAGACUUUUUUGUUGUAAGAAAACCAAUUUCUGUUUAAUCAUUCCCUCAAUCCAUGACAUUCUUCCUUUAUGGUGUAAG